CUGCCGCCCUCUCCAACCAGAAAAAAUUGCGGGAAGCGGAGGCGGAGUUUUUCCAGUGACACCACCAAACUACUGAUCUUCAAGGCUCACGAUGCCUCACAUUCAGGAGUAUGGAUUCCUCUAUCUCUCAGCCGGAGAAGAAGUCCAUCCCACGGUUCGCCAGCUUCAAGCCUCGACCAGCGCCUCCACCCGAAGCUGAUCGGCCUCCCGAGCGCCGCAGUCGCGACAGCUCCAGAAAAGAAGACAGGCACGGAUACCAGUCAAAACGACACCGUUCGAGACACAGGCAUCACCGAGACCAUUCCAGCUCUAGAGAUCGUCGAAGAGAACGUAAAGACAUUCAACAUGGCCAUAAGGAGGCGUAUCACUCCGAUCGAGAGCUUAUUCCCGAGCACCGAUCGGUGCCGCAAGACACCGUGAAGCUAGAGGAGGAGGCUUCCGAUCUAUAUGUUGUGGAUCGUAAAGGUGAUAGGUACAAUAUAAUAUACGGUACUAUUCAUCGUUACAAUGUUCCACUUUAUCACCGGAUAGGUCGGGGUAGCGUGCUAGGCCUUCCUCCGACCUAUAGGAUCGAUCGCGAUACCGCCGAAGGAGACGCGUUGAUCAUAAAGGCAGAUGCUUGGCGCUCCGAUGGUUCAAGGACAAGAUCGAAGAGUAUUAUGUCUGGGGUGAACACGCAGAAGAGGAAACUACUUCGGAUACGACCAGCACCUACGUUAGAUGCUGCAGCAGACGCCUCGAAAGAUUAUCUUCCACUUAAGGCUUCCGUACAUCAGAAACGCAGUGAUACCUCAGGAGAUGAGGGCUCAGACGACGAGAAAUAUGGCUAUCGCUCAAUUCAUGGAAAGGCGAAGCAUGAGGAUAACAUUCCUAGUGACAUGGAAGAAGUAUCAGACACUGAUUUGAGUGGUGACGAGACGGUGCGAGUCGACCUUGAUAAAGAGAUCAAACAGCGCAACGUCGACUUGUCCAGGAAUGUUGAACGCAAUCCCACUGAUGUCCGUGCAUGGAUUGACCUUAUCGAGCAUCAGGAAUCUCUUCUGAGAGGUUCUGAAGGAGAAACGAAAACCCUCACGUAUGCUGAAAAGAAAAGCCUGGCCGAUAUUAAGAUAUCCAUUUACGAGAAAGCCCUGAAAAGGGUUGGGGACCAUGCUUCUCGUGAUCUCCUUUUACUCGGACUUCUAGAAGAAGGCGCCAAGCUUUGGGACACGAAAAAGCUUUCAGCACGGUGGCAGGCUGUUUUGAAAUCAAACUCUCAUUUCAUCAGCCUUUGGGUCAAAUACCUGGAUUUCCGGCAGACUGAAUUUCUUGACUUUACUUACGAACGAUGCUUUGCUACGUUCAUCGACUGUAUGAGGUUAAACAGGUCUGCAUCCGACAACCCGGAGAAAUCUCAUGUUCAAGUCUACCUCUUCCUUCGCUUGACACUUUUCAUUCGGGAAGCAGGGUUCGCCGAACAUGCAGUGGGUCUAUGGCAAGCAAUUCUAGAGCUUACCUUCUUUCAACCAGGGACAAUGGACUCUGCCACUGCUCGAGAGGAGGUGCUGUCAGCUUUCAUGGAUUUCUGGGAUUCUGAAGUUGUGCGUAUUGGUGAAGUUGGCGCAAAGGGCUGGCAGAGCGGCCAUAAUACUCUUUUAGAGCCCAGAUCCUUCACGCCGCACAAUCGAGUCAACUCCAAGUCUAUAUUCGCGUCGUGGAUGUCAUGCGAGCGGGAACAAAUUUACAACGCUCGCCUUCCAGCUCGCAGCUUAGAUGAAGAGAACGGUGAUCCUUAUCGUGUAGUUCUCUCGACCGAUCUUCGGGAGGUCCUAUCGCUUGUGUGGGGUUUGUCAUCAAUAGACGUAUUGGUUGACGGCUUUUUAUAUUUCUGUCAUCUUCCUCCUAUUGCAUUUUCCAGCGACUCGAGGAAAACCAAUCAUUGGAUGGGUGACAGCUUCUUGCGAAAUGAAUUCAUGAGCAGCUCUGAUUCCGCGCUUGAUCGCUGGGCUCCUAAAUACGAUGCUGAUACUAGGAAUACCGCUUCACUGCCGGUCUACUUCCAGAAUUUUGUUAAUUCAUUCGAUACUCUUUUCGCGGACCACGAUGCAUGGUUCUCCUCCAUCGGUCCUUGGGCUACCGCCGUACUGAACUCUCAGUCCGAUGUCGACCCUGAAUGGGUUUCUAAGGUAUUGAGAUCUUUGGUAGAGGCGAUGCCACGAAAUGACCAUUUGGCUGCAUAUUCAAUUGCAGUGGAGUUUGCAUGUGACCGCAGCAAGGCAGCAAAGUACGCGAAAUCCUUACUUAAAAAGCGGCCGUCCAGCCUAUGGCUCUACAACGUGUAUGCUCUUAUUGAACGUCGCUCAGGAAACCUGGAGGCUGCCAACCGUGUGUGGGAGACUACUCUAUCUAUGAGCCAAAACAGUAAGACGUUUAAUGAGGGGGAGAAGGUCGAUUCUGUUCUCCUUUGGCAUACUUGUAUAUGGGAAAUGCUAGAAGCUGGGAGUUUAGAUUAUGUAUCUUAUCUCUUCAAUUCUAUGCCUCAGAGCAGUCCAAGCCUGAAGGCUCCGGUGGAUCCCAAACAAUACAUACUCAGCCCGACAAGCCUGCUGAAAACUCAUAGUCUACUGUCAGAUAACCAAGAGGCCUUGCUUGCAGCCGGAAAAGCCAACACUUUCGUGGCCUGCACAGACUGUCUAGCAAUACUAGCAUACCUUUCUAACUCCCGGGAUCUAAAUAAAGCCCUCCAGCCGUACAGCGACGCCCUCAGCAAACUUGCAACAUUGCCAGCACAGUUCAAAUCGUUUAAAUCCGUUUCUAUUGAACUCCUCCACCAAGCGCGUGCAAGACUCCUCUACUAUCACGCCCGCACAAGUGGCAUAUACAAGCCCUCCCAGAUCCGUGCUCUGCUAGCAGAUAGCAUAUCUUUAUUCCCUCAUAACACGAUAUUUUUGUCCCUCUUUGCUUGGAACGAAUCUCGAUUCCGUAUCGAAGAGCGUGUCAGGGAUACAAUCAUGGAUAUAACGACGAAAGCCCACAACCGUGCUGAUCAAAUUCUCACAACCCAAGUACCAAUCACAUCACACUUAUUCUCCAUCUUCACCGAACUCAACCGUCCUGUGUAUGCAGGCUCUACACCAUACUCGGUCCGUGCGGCUUUUGAAAAGGCUAUUGGCGACCAAGAUCCCUCAACCUCAACACACCAUAGCACACUCUCCACCGCCCGCUCCAACCUGACACUCUGGAAACUCUACAUCCUCUUCGAGCUAUCUCAACACGAUAUCCACCGUGCCAAGGAUGUCUUUUACCGUGGCAUGCGCGCCUGUCCUUGGUCCAAAGAGCUCAUCAUGCUUGCAUUCAGUCAUCUUAGGGCAGAUAUCGUCGAGGAGCAGCAUCCAAGCGCAUCACGGAAAGGUGAUGGUAUGAACUUUUAUGAGUUACGCAGUGUGUAUAAUGUCCUGAUAGAGAAGGGAUUGCGGAUUCAUGUCGAUAUCGAAGAUGAGUUGGACGAGCUUGUGGCGGAGAUGCAGCAGAAGACAGCUGCGCUAGGAUUACCAAUUGCCAUGCCGGAAGAUGCCGAUAGCGAGGAUGAGCGGAUGCAACUAUGACAACCUUUUAUUUGAUUACCUGUAUCAUAUCAGUCCUUAACGUAUGAAUUACAGGAAAAGAUACCAUAACCA